CGAUUCCGUGACAGUGACAGUGAAAAGUGCCCUGCGGGAAGUGUCCCGCACGCGACGCGCCGAUUCGCGACCCGCAAACGGCAAACCAAGUGCAUUCAAGCUGGAGUCUCCAACGAGGACAAAUCUCAUCUAACCGGAUCUUUGGCUAUAUACAGUACAUGGUACUGUAAAGACUUGCUACGAAUCAGGACUUUUCUUUUCAAGCAGUAAAACAAGCAGCAGUGAUGGAGGAUUCAACAGUCGUUGAUCAGCAGCCCAACGCCGCCGCGUACGACAACAACCUGGCGGCUGUGGCCACCGGUCCCGUCGCGACGCCGUGCUACGAUGAUCUGUUCCCGGCGCUGCCGGUGAGCGAUACGCCGCGCUUCAACAACCAAACCAUCUCGCCGGCCACGCAGAACAUGCGCGUCGGCAGCUCGGUUGUGACGCAGGUCUUCAUCGUGCCGUCCGGCGAGCGCAAGUACGACUCGGACAAGUUUGGCGAGGGGGAAUCGCUGCGCACGUGCCAGAACAUCAUGAAGGAAACCAACGCCCAUAUCGAGAUCUCGAGCGGCAAGGACCAAUCGUUGACGUUCCUGGUGACGGGCAAGCCGAACGAGGUGAUCGAGGCGCGUCGCAAGAUUCUGGUGCACUUCCAGACGCAGGCGAGCAAGUCGAUUAGCAUCCCGCGCGAGCACCACCGUUGGAUCCUGGGUAAGAAGGGAGACCGUUUGCGUGAGCUGGAGAGAACUACGGCCACCAAGAUUAACGUGCCCCGUAUCAACGACGAGUCGGACGUCAUUACGAUCUCCGGCACGAAGGAGGGCAUCGAGAAGGCCGAGCACGAGAUCCGCAUCACGUCGGACGAGCAGUCGCGCAAGGCCUUCGAGCGUGUCAACAUCCCGAAGAUCUACCAUCCGUUCAUUGUGGGACCGCACAGCGAGAACGUCAACAAGAUGAUGGAGGAGACGGGCGCGAAGAUCAACAUUCCGCCCCCGUCGGUCCAGAAGGACGAGAUCAUCAUCACCGGCGAGAAGGAGGGCGUACUGCAGGCCAAGGCACGCAUCGAAGCCAUCAGCAAGGAAAUGGAGAAAAAGUGUACCAGCGUCGGCGUCGAAGUUCCGCGUGCCCAGCACAAGUACAUCGUCGGACCGAAGGGUUCCACUAUCCAGGAGAUCCUGUCGAUGACUGGCGUGUCGGUGGAGAUGCCCUCGAGCGAUUCCCAGAACGAUACCAUCACUCUGCGUGGCCCGCAGGACAAGCUCGGAAACGCUCUGAGCGUCGUGUACCAGAAGGCGAACUCGGUUCGCACCACGACGCUCGAGUGUCCCCAGUGGAUCCACAAGUACAUUAUCGGACGCGAGGGUGGCCACAUCAAGGAGUUUACCGCCCAGUACCCGAACGUGCACGUGGAGUUCAACGAGGACAAGAUCAAGAUCGAAGGCCUGCCAGAGCAGGUUGAUGCCUCCGCCGAGGCACUGGAGAAAAUGGUCAAAGAUCUGACCGGGCGUCUCACCUUCGCCGAGAUGAUGGUGGAUCCGAUCUAUUGCAAGCACAUUAUCGGCAAGAACGGAGCCAACAUCAACCGGAUGAAGGAGGAGUACGAGGUGCUCAUCAACAUCGACGAAAAGGACUCGAUCAAGCCGAUCCGUAUCGAGGGACCGGCCGACGGUGUUGAGCGAGCCAAGCAGGAGCUGCUUGAAAAGAUCACGAAAUUGGAAAACGAAAAGGAAGAGUCGAUCGUGAUCGACCAUCGCCUGUUCAAGACGAUCAUCGGAGCGAAGGGCGAAACGAUCCGCGAGAUCCGCGACAAGCACAACCAGGUGCAGAUCAUCUUCCCCGGUCCGAACGACAAGUCGGACAUUGUCAAGAUCCGCGGACCGCGCGAAGAUGUCGACAAGUGCAGCAAGUACCUGGCCAAGUACGUCAAGGAGCUGCAGAAGAACUCGUUCGUCAUGGAGGUGCCCAUCUUCAAGCAGUUCCACAAGUACGUCAUUGGCAAGGGCGGUGCCAACAUCAAGAAGAUUCGCGACGAGACUCAAACCAAGAUCGAUUUGCCGGCCGAGGGUGACAAGAACGACGUGAUUGUCAUCACCGGAAAGAAGGAAAACGUGAAGGAAGCUCGCGACCGCAUCCAGAAGAUCCAGGAAGAGCUGGCCAACAUCAUCACCGAGGAGAUCCAGAUUCCGCCCAAGUACUACAACUCGCUGAUCGGAUCCGGCGGCAAGCUGAUCUCGUCCAUCAUGGAGGAGUGCGGUGGCGUCUCGAUCAAGUUCCCCAGCCCGGAAUCCAAGAGCGACAAGGUGGCGAUCCGUGGCCCCAAGGAGGACGUCGAUCGCGCCAAGGCGCAGCUGAUCGAGCUGACCAACGAGAAGGAGCUGUCCUCUUUCACUGCCGAGGUACGUGCCAAGCCGCAGCACCACAAGUUCCUGAUCGGCAAGAACGGUGCUUCCAUCAAGAAGAUCCGCGACCUCACCGGCGCCAGGAUCAUCUUCCCGGGUACUAACGAUGAAGACAAGGAGGUCAUCACCAUCAUCGGCAAGAAGGAGGGCGUCGAGGAGGCCCGUACCCAGCUGGAGGCGAUCAUCAAGAACAUCGACAACAUCGUCGAGGACGAGAUCAGCGUGGACCCCAAGUUCCACAAGCAUUUCGUGGCCCGUCGCGGUGAGGUGCUGCACCGGAUUGCCGAGGAGUGCGGUGGCGUGAUGAUUUCGUUCCCGCGGUCGGGCGUCGACAGCGACCGGGUGACGCUGAAGGGCGCCAAGGACUGUAUCGAUGCGGCCAAGGCUCGCAUGCUGGAGAUUGUCGAGGAUCUGGAGCAGAUGGUUACGAUCGAGUGCAUCAUCCCGGCCCGUCACCACCGUAUCGUUAUGGGCAAGGGUGGCUCGAAGGUGCAGGGAGUUACGUCCGAGUUUGACGUCAACAUCAAGUUCCCGGAGCGCGACGCGCAGGAAGCGAUCGCCGAGGGCUACCAGAAUGGCGACGUCAACGGGGGAGAUCCCAUCAUGACGACGGACAUUAUCCGGAUCAGUGGACGCAAGGAAAAGUGCGACAAGGCCAAGGCGGCUCUGUUGGCUCUGGUUCCCAUUACGGAGGAAAUCAACGUUGCGUUCGAUCUGCAUCGCUCGCUGAUCGGCCAGAAGGGACGUGACGUCAAGGAGUUGAUGAACACGUACGACGUGCACAUUGAGCUGUCGCCGCAGGACCAGAAGCUGGACAUUAUCAAGGUCACCGGAGCGCGGGCCAACAUCGAGGAGGCCAAGAUUGCCAUCGAGAAGCGAAUUGUUGAGCUGGAGGCUGACCGCAAGGAUCGCGAGCUGCGUUCGUUCGAGGUGAAGGUUGAAAUUGACCCCGAGUUCCAUCCGAAGAUUAUCGGUCGCCGUGGUGCUGUUGUGAACAAGAUUCGUGCAAACCACUCGGUGCAGAUUUCGUUCCCGAAGGUGGACGAUCCUGUGAACAACAUCAUCUCGAUCCAGGGAUACGAAGCGAACGCCUACGCCGCUCGCGACGAGAUCCUCGGCAUCGUGAACGAACUCAACUCGAUGCACCGCGAGGAGGUUUCCAUUGACGAGCGCGUCCACCGCCGUUUCAUCGGCUUCAAGGGACGUCGCGUCCGCGAGAUCAAGGAGAUGUUCAAGGUGGAGAUUAGCUUCCCGCGGCCGGAAGAUCCGGACCAGUCGAUCAUUGUGAUCUCCGGCAGCCACCAGGACGAUGUCGAGGCUUGCCGCGAUCAUCUGCUCAAUCUGGAGGAGGAGUUCCUGCAGGACGUCGUUACAACCGCCCCGACGCAGCAAACGACCUUCACCCAGAUCCUGGAGGACAUUGGCAAUCAGCGCGAAACGCCCAAGCAGGGCUUUGUCGUGCAGGGCGCCCCGUGGGAACGCCGCAACAACGCUCCCAACACGCAGUCCCAGGAGGACUUCCCCGACUUUGGCCUCGGCGGACCGGCCCCAGUCGAGCAGGCACCAUCGGCUCCGAUCGCAUCGGCCUGGAACGCUCGCCACUAAGCGUGACUUUGAACAGCAAUUAUAAACACACACACACACAACCACACGUGAAACAAUAGAUUCAUCCGUAACGUAGCGAGAGAGAGAGCGAACGAGAUCACGAGAGACACACAUAGCGCAUGAGAGAAGGGUGGAGAGAGUGAGAGAGAGAGAGGCAGGGCGAAGUCAAUUUUUCUCCCAACCCAGCUACAAUGUAAUAGCAGCGACCGGUUUCGUGUCACACAGCUUUCACGCACCUGUUAUCCUCCCUGGACAGCUGGACAACUCUCUCGUCCGGAAAAGGCUUCUUUUAAAGACUUAUCAAUCUACCAGGCAGUCUCGUACAGGUUUCUUGAUUUGAGUGAAGCAACAACACUAAGACAAAUAUGUUUUUUUUUUUUCUAUUUUAUUUAAUAUUUUUUUCUGGUUCUACGUUUUUGUUUUGCUAACCUUUAAAAUACAAUCAAUAUUGUGGGAAAAAUAUACAUGAUCUAGUGCAAGUUGUACAUAAAACAAACGCAAAAAAAAGGAAGGCAAUAUAAUAUGCGAGCGCGCGCAUGUGUGUGUGCAACGGAGAGUAAGAGAGCGACGCCAGCGCGAAACAGUGCAGAAUUUAUAUUAAAUUUUACCUAGACUAGCGACCGCUGCAAGCGUCGUGUCACAAUCGUGUGUCUCAGUUUUUUGUUUUUUUUUUGCUAAGAAAAUGCGAACGAUUACUAAUCCGCAGUUUAAUAGAACACAACAUCCCACAUUUAAGUUUAUCAUGGGAAAUUAUAUUGUAAUAAUACAUAAAUUGGCCUUUUAUUUGUUGGAAGAAAAGAAAUGUGCUCGUCCUUAUUUAUCGGAUAACUUUUUCUCUUGCUGAUGAUCCCUGUUACGUUUCAAGCGUGUUACCAUAAAAGCUCUUUUCCGAAGCAAUCGUACCGAGAUCUCACGUGUGUAUGUGUGUGGAUCAAGAAAGAGAAAAAGAAACAAUUUUUAUGUUGGCUCAAUCUAUGUAACUAAAAUGUGCAAGACAGAGGGAGAUGAUGAAAUGUACCACAAUAUGCAAAUCAGUUUUCCAAACAUAUUAAAAUGGGUGACAAGAAGAAAAGCAAACUAAGUACUGAACAUAAAAUUAAAAGCUGAACAAUUAAAACCUUUAAGUUUGUUCUGUUUGUUUGAGUGUAUCGAAUAGGAAUGGAAAUGAGAAUUCUAGCGAAAUGGAAAAAAAAACUGUUUCACAAUUUAGAUUUAACAGAAAACUUCUUGGUUGAUUUUGCAAAUUUUUACAGUAAACAAGCUGAAACUAUUAUAUACCUACAUAUAUUUUUUGAUAAUCAGUAUAGUGCAGUAGGUAAGCGGAGUUUUCUUUUCAUCUUUUAAAAAUAUAAUAUUGUGCUAGUUUGAAGUGAUUAACAAAAAAUUAAACUAAAGGAAUGCAAGCAACUAACGAAACAACUUUAGAGCAGAAACAAACGAGUCACUGA